UCCGAGCGGGCAUCCUCCAGAGCGCGGGCCACAGCCACCGACCGAGCCGCGCUCGAAAGAAACGAUCUUACGUUUCUCGCAAAAAAAAAAAAAAAAGAAAGAAAGAAAGAAAAAGAAAGAAAAAAAAGGUACGCCAACGUUUUCUGUUCAUAUAUCUCCGUCGUAUCUGAUAGCAUUGACGUUAAUUAUCCUCGCGGGUACGUUUAUCGUAAAAAACCGACGCAACACGAGCGCGUGAAGACUCUCGAGUAUAUAAAACACUGGGAGAAGGAAACCUCGAGCGUAGUCGGGACUGUCCAGGUACUCGAGAGACACACGUUUGGUAAGUCCGAGGUAGAGAUAGCAUCGAAGGUGCUUAAAGAACUAGAGAAUAUCGACGAAGUUAGAGAAUCGAGAAUAUCGAGACUGAAAGAGAUCUAGAGGCAAGUUGCCAAACAGCCAGCUGUUUCCAAAGCUUUGAAGAAAGAGCGGUUCGAGAAAUAGAGAGAUUUCUUCAGAGAGAUAUAUUUGAAUAUAUAGCGAAGAGACGGUGACGCGAACAAAAAAAUGCGCAACCCAGGCACGGAGCAGAUACUCAAGGACGAGGAAUGCUUCGAGAUAAUACGCAAGAAGCUGACGAAAGACUCGAUGGAGGAUUUCUCGUUGAUAACGUACGAGGUGAUCCCCAUAGACGAGGUGAACGGUUUCAUGGGCCAGUACUUCACUCUGAAAGCCACCGUUGCCUCGCCGCGGUCGCCGCUCGAGACGAAGAACAUUAAUUUCUUCACGAAGGUGCCGCCGCCGAUGUCCAGCCCCCAGUACGACUUCAUUCAACAGUACGGCAGCUUCAAGAAGGAGGUCGCCCUGUACACGACAGUGUUCCCAGAAGUGUUGGUCGAUGGUCUGGACAAGAGGUACGUGCCGGAAUGCUUCCUCGGCCUGGAGGACGACGUGAUCGUCCUGGAGGACAUGGCCCACAGCGGCUACGAGAUGACGGACAAGUUCAAGCCGUUCGAUUUCGAGCACUGCAAGAUACUGAUGAAGACGUUGGCGAGGUUCCACGCCAAGUCUUUGAUCUUCGAGGAGCUGUACCAGAAGAGCUUGCACGACGAGUUCUCUCACUGUAUGCAGGAGACGCUUUGGCCGUUGAAGGGCGGCCGGGCGAAGGCGAUGUUCGACGCGGCUGUGAAAGGCAUCGUCUCGUUGAUAGGCCUGAUGCCGAGCUUGAACGAGACGCAGAGAAAGGCGUUCAGCGCGAAGGUCACCGAACUGUGCGUCGAUCAUGCGAACAAAUUGCUACCAUCGAUGAAACACAAGAACGUGCUGUGCCACGGUGACCUCUGGGCGAACAACAUCUUGUUCAAAUAUGACAACGAUGGGAAACCUCUGGAGUGCUGUCUCAUCGACUUUCAACUUGCCAGAUACAAUCCACCGGCCCACGACAUCCUGUGCUUCCUCCAAUUCACAACGACGCGCGAAUUACGCGAGAAACACGGCGACGAGCUGUUCAGAAUCUACCACGACUCGAUGACGAGGGCACUGGAGGAAGCUGGCAUGGACAUCACCACCGUGUUUCCUUGGAGCGACUUCGCCGCAUCGAUCGACGACUUGCGGGUCAUGUGCAUUACUCACGGUGUCUUAAACAUACCGAUCAUGUUACUGGAGCCGAGUGCUGCCAGCAAGUACUUCUCGGACGAGCCGGAACUAUUGGAGAACGUUUUGUACGUGGACAGGACGCCGUUGGUCUGCAAGCAGGUGGAGGACGUGCCGCGAUACAAAGAGAGAAUGAUGGACGCGUUGCUGGAGUUAUACGAUCACGUGGCUGGUUAAUGGAACCCAGGCCGGAUCGGAUCGAAUCGAUAAAAAAAGACACCGGAUAUUAGAGCAUUUUCACCGUAGAGCACAUCAGAGACACAACACGCACCAACCAAUUUUUGUCGCUAACUUGGAAAGUAAGCGGCGGGCAUAGCUCUGAAGAAUUGGUAAUAUCAACCGAUUUCACGCGACUCAUUUGUAUAGUGAACUACACGGCACGGCACCACGCACGGCGUGGUUCACCUGAACUCAUCUUCUAGAGUUGGCACUAAUCCAAUAUAGAGAAUCGCUUGGUCCAUUAACGCAAAUUGACGACACGUGUCAUCACACUGAUCGAUAGACGCAAUUCACUCUUGGAGGGGGAGAGAUUUCGUCGAUACACGAGAUAUUCUAUCGCUCCGGAAGCUUUACUUUACUUUUGUUUUAGUUAAUUCAAUUCGCUUGAUUUACUUUGCUUGUAGCUAACGCUAGCAACAACAGAAUAGCAAGAACAGAAUCGAACGAGGGAAGAAUCUGUCUAGUUGUAUUUACUUUGUUUCGUUUUAUUAAAUGAUGAUUAACGUAUUAGAGUAUUAUUUUGUUUAUUAGAUAGGUUUGGAAAUGGCGAUCGCGUAAUUGUUGAAAACCAUUCGGUGAACUGAUCAUGUCGAUGAUCAAACUGGUCAGAGGAAGACCAACCAAGUGUUUAAGGAAGAAAUUCAGUUCAAGGUUGAUAAUCACUAUUAUCAGUAUGGAUGAUUAUUGUAAAUAUAUAUCGACACCGAAUAACGUACGCUGUUACCAAA